CGCGGGAAUGUCAAUCACUUCGAACAGUCCCGCAAAAAGAAGUUUUUCCAGACUCCCCGUAAAUUCUACGUUAUUCAAACGAACUGGGAUAAACAAGCAGGGAAUCAGUCGCCCGAUGAACACAAAGGGUGGGCAUGAAGGCACAGUGUAUUAUCUGCCAAGAACUCUUUGAAAAUGACGAUACACAGGUGGUGUCAGCUCUGUGGUGUGGCCAUACGUUCCACAGCGCCUGUCUUAACCAAUGGCUCGAGAAUGGACGCACAUGUCCCAGCUGCAGACUCCAAGUGGACCGGAAAAAGAUUAUUCAGAGGUUGUAUUUUGAUGCCCCUGAAGAGAGAGAGGAUGACGUUGACGACAGUCGUUUACAGAACCAGCUUGAUAACCUUAGGCUUGAGGUACGCAAAGCAGAGAAGUUGAAAAAUGACGCAGUACGUGAUAAAGAGGCGCAGAUCGACAAAAUACGUCGUCUGGAAGAACAGAGAGAUCGUUUUGAGCGGGACCUCAAACAAGAGCAGAGUGUUAGCAGUUCCCACCUUAAAAUGCUGAAAUUGUACGAGUCACAACAGAAAACGCUCGACCAGGAAAAACAGGAGUGCCGGCGUAUAAAACAGAAACUUGUUACACUGCAGAGCAUAGAUACAUUGAUGAAUGGUGCAGAAUCUGAUGCAGCUGAUAUUAUUGCAAGUACGGGCGAGAGUUCAGGGGCUGUGCAAUCCUUAUCCCGUCAAGUGGCAUUUCUGAAACGGGAGUACGAGAAACUGAAACUGGAAAAACGGCAACUUAAGGAUCACUGUGAAAAGCUACAAAUGUCGGAUAGAUCUGGAGGUAAAAAAGUGCAAGAUUUGACGAAAAAGUGUGAAAUAUUGACAGGACAGUUGGAACGGUCGGAGGGUGAUUUGAAACUUACGGAAAAAGAGGUGGAUUUCUUGAAGUCGAAGAAUAGUAAAUUGUUAAGUAAGCUAAGAGCCUUGAAGAGUUCUGCAAAGUUAAGUGAAAAAAGUGAAACAAAAUCGUCUGAGGUAAAUACGUCAAGUUCGAGUUUUCGUGACUUGUUGAACGAAAGUUCUCGUGUUCAUCAGGCUUUUGCUGCAUCUACUCCGAAACUAACGCAGCCUACAAGUCCUCAGGGUGUGGAUUUAGACACAACCCCAGAUCUGUUCACAUCACCCCCCUUGACUCAAUCUCAGGUAAAAAGGGUGGAAAUCGAGCCAAGUGGGUCUGGAACCCAAACUGGUGAUAAAACCUCUCCCAGACUGAAUACACAACGAAAUAAAAGACCGCUUAGUGACGAUUAUGAUGAAGACGUUGAAAACAGUGCCAAGUGUAUAAAAAUCACGUCUGCUGCAGAGAAAAGGUCUCAGAAAUUGAAACAUUUUAAAAGUGAUUCUGCCAUUAAGGAUAAUAAUCAGAUUUUGAAUUACGCAAGUUUGAAUAUUUUCAAAAAGCACGAACUUGGAGCAAGAGCUCAUAAUAAAGGUAGUGUUGUUCAAAAAGGCUUUGAUGGACUUGGUGGUCACACAACGCACGUUAAUGCCAUUGGAAAUCCAUUUAAGAAACCAUCUGCAGGAUCCAAAAAGUCGUUGUCGAAAUUGCGUGGAACGCCUUCUUUACCGAAGUUAGAUGGUUAUAUAGUGUUAGACUAAUUCCUGGUGCUGAUUAUUGCUGAAUUUAAUAUUCAUGAAGUCAGGCUGUGAUAAACUUCAUUGUGGAAUAAUGCAACAAAAAAUGCAUUGAACAUGACUGUAGACAUUUUGCAACGAAUAUUUCUAAGUAAUAAUAAAGGUUGAUAAUAUCACCUUUGUGGUGCAUUUUCAUGAUUAAGCGCAUUUCAUCGCAGGUGUAUUUCAUGUAACCCAUGUGACAGUAAACCCGCAAUAAAUUCUGCAUUUGUGAUAUCGGAUAGGGCAAAAGGGAGAGUUUUUCAUCAAAAUAAUACCAAUACGCAAAAGAUAGAAAAAUAUGUGAUAAUAAGAAAUAUGAUACGCUGAAGUAGUUGUGAAACUAAAUCACAGACUAGAAACUUGCACUUAAAAGUAAGUGGCGAUUUUUAUAGCACAAAGAAGCAAGGAAAAAAAUUCUGAUUUUCAUGGUUUAAGCAGCGAAGAAACGUUGUUCGAGAUAUUUUCAGGUAAAGAAGUUGUUCUAUUCUAAAUGUAAAUUGAAGUUGGUUUGCUUCGUUUUAAUGGCUUUUUAACACGCUCAGUUUUGUUUUUUGCACCUUGUUGCGAAAGUGGCCAGACUCCUUGGAAUUAUGAAAAUAUAGAGAAAAAGUCUUAAGAUGCACUCUUACUCCAUAAUAAUACGUACCAGAAUUUAUAUAAUUGUUUUAAUUUAUUGAAAAGGAUAAACAAAUAUCGAAAACAAUGGUUCUUAUAAAGGAUACUGUGUUUAAUUUGAAAGAAAUAUAUAUAUGCAGAAAAUAAGGUAUAUUUAUCUUAUGAGACAAUAGAUGAUCACUGUAAAUCUUUUAGGACCCACCAGUCAAUUAAAAUUUGUGUGUUUUCAGCUAUUUAAAACAUGGUUACAAUCUCAUUAUAAGUAAUUAAUAUUUUCCAUAAAUGCAUUAUUUAGUUUGUAGUUAAAAAGUUUAUCACUCAAAAUUUAUUGUUGUCAUACAUGUGUAUGCAUUGGUUUUAAAUAUCACUUUAAAAUGAAAAUUUACCCAGCACCUUGGUGAGGAUCAUAGUGGGCAAAGCCCCCUUUAACCUCUUUGGUUAAAAGGUUUUUUAGAGGCUAAGAUUGCAUUUAAACAGCCAUACUACUUGUUAAGAGUUGAAGAAAGAGUUGUGAAUUAGAUGUCAUUUCAAAAAUGGUGAAUUUUGAUAAUUUUUUAAGCUGAAGAAAAACACCUGUCACUUCACAUAUUUAAAAUUUACGUACUAAGUUUCCUCCUUCCAAGCCUGUGUUGGCAUUCAGUUGGAAAUAAAAAUGUUUUUGUACUGUGAAAUUCCAAUUUAUAUUAUAGCUUUUACUGAAAGUUUUUUGUUAUAUUUGUAAUAUACAGUAACUGUCAAAAUAUAUUUGUAUUUGCAAAAA